UUUCUUCAGCAACAAAGGCAGUUUAAAAGCCUUAGGAAAAGGAUUGGCCGACGGAAAGCACACAUGACUGCCAUGUUUCACCGUAGGAUGGCUGAUGACGAUGAGCGUUUUCACGCCCUAAGAACAGCAAUGAUAUGCAAAUACUACGGGACGCGUCGUGUCCCGCGCUCUCUCUGGGUGAACAAUAGAACCUCAGCCUGGUGGGAGAAGGUGGUGCCGACGUACACCGAUGUGCAGUGGAUCCAAGAUUUCAGAAUGUCCAAGCACUCUUUCCAAUACCUCUGUAGUCGCCUGGAAGCAACGUUGGGGAGAAGCGACACCAACUUCCGGGAGUGUGUCCCUGUGGCUAAAAAAAUCGCCAUAGCACUGUGGAAACUUGCGACCAACUCUGAGUACAGGACCAUCUCUCAUUUGUUUGGAGUCGGCAGAUCUACAGUGUGUUACUGUGUGCACGAGUUCUGCUCCUCUGUUGUGAGCAUACUCCUUUGUGAGUUCAUGCCAUGGCCGAACGCUGAGAAGUUAGAGGAGAUGGCGUUAUUUUUUGAGCGCAGAUGGGGUGUGCCACAGUGUGUAGGUGCAGUAGAUGGAUCACACAUCCCCAUUCUGAGACCAGAGGAAUACCACAACGAGUAUUUCAACCGCAAAGGCUGGCACUCGCUCGUCCUGCAGGGUGUUGUGGAUGGUAGAGGCCUCUUUUGGCUUACCAGGUAGCAUGCAUGAUAGCAGAGUGUUUGGCAUGUCAUCACUGUGUAGUUUUGCGGAUAAGGGUGGUCUACUUCCUCAUGUAACAAAGAAUAUUGGUGGACAUGAUGUGGGUUACUAUAUC